CAAGUUCAGCUUCCUGAACUGCGGGGAGCUUGGCGGGCGGUCGCUGCAAGCCGGGCGUAGGCCGCAGAGGUCGCGAGUUCAGGCGUCCCGGCUCCCGUGUGACUGUCGUGAUGUUUUUCUCCCAGGCCGGGGCCCGGCCGCGGAUGUGGGAAGCCAGCCCGUCAGAAUACAAGAAGUGGGUGGAAGUAUUUAAAGCAUGCGAUGAAGAAAACAAAGGCUGUCUAAGCAGAGAGAACUUUAAAGUUGCUGUUGUAAUGCUGUUUGGAUACAAGCCCUCCAAGAUAGAAGCUGAUGCUGUGAUGUCCUCAGUAGAUCCAAACACUUCCGGGAUAUUACUUAAGGAGUUUUUAGACAUUGUAAGGAAAAAGAAGGAAGCUCAACUAUAUCGGAAUGAAAUAAGACACAUCUUCACAGCUUUUGACAGGCACUAUCGUGGAUAUUUAACUCUGGAAGAUUUCAAAAAAGCAUUUAAGCAGGUGGCUCCCAAGUUAUCGGAAAGGAUUAUUCUCGAGGUAUUCAGAGCACUUAAAACAAGGAACUGCAGCAGAAAGAUAGCAGGAGGAGCCUACCCCGGAGGGUGCCUCAGGCUGGCAGCACCUGGAAGGGAAGUAGAUCAAGACUCAGAUGGUCACGUCAGCUUUAAAGACUUCGAAUAUGCCAUGAACUAUGGACAAAAGUAAGCCUAACUAUUGUGUGCUGCUUUUGGCAACCUGUGGGGAGACCGAAAUAGAUUGUGAUAUAUUUAGAUGUCAAAUCCCACUCUACCAAUGAUGUCAUGCUGCAUACCUUCUGUUAAACUCUUCAUCAUGGUUCUCAGAUGCUGACAAUUGCUUGCACUGCCACUGGGAUGGUCCCCAACCCCUCCUCUUUACUCUCAACCCCCGACUCCCCCCCCCCGCCCAUGCUGCCAGCCAGGAUGCUGCACUCAUUUACUGGUCCUUGCCACCCUACCCACAGCCUCCCUGAUCCUCAGCAGUUCCUAAUGUCAGGCACUGCCAGUGGUACCAGUUUCCUUCAUGCAUUCAGCUUUGGUUGAACAAAUAAUAGCACCUACAUGCAACUGAGUGUUGACUGCGUUCCAAGCAAUGAGCAAGGCUUUUGGAAAACAAAGUUAAGACUUCUCUAAGACAAUAUAUCCUUAGUAGUCAUCAAAAAUCAUCAUCGCAAAAAUGGCCCUAGGGCGCUGGCUGUGCGAGAUGGAAAAACCAGAUUGAGCUGACAUUAGUAUAAGUCUUCUCCAGCUGCAUACAGAGGAAGAACAGGGUGCAGUAAGGAUAUCGGGGGCAAAAGACUUACCUGCAGAACCCAUUAGAACGGCCUGGGCCUGGGGUUCCUGCAGCAGAACAACAAGCCCUGGGCUGCCCGGUUGCCCUCUGCGGUACCCUCCCUGGUUCUGGGCGGCUCUGCCCUGAAACAAGAGCCUUAGCCAUCUGUGUUCCCGUUCUCUGUUUUCUGCCCAUCCAUACCUGGGAUCCGGGGACUGCUGUCCUAGAACCAAAACUGUGACCCUGGACAUUCAGCACUUAUUUUAAAUAAAUACUCAUAUCAGUACUAAUAUUUUAUCUGUAAAUGUUCAGAAUGCUAAACAUUAACAACACUGUGAAAACAUCUAAUAUAAUUCAAAUUUUAAAAGUAUUAAAGGUCAAGGAAA